UCUCGCCCCGUUGGCCCGCGCGCCCCCGCCCCUUCCUCCGUCGCCGCCGCAAUCUCCGAACAAGACCGCCCCGCCGCCGCCGCGCCUUCCUGCUCCCGGUCCGCCUCGUCGUCGUCAUGGGCAAGGCCUCCAAGGACAAGAGGGACAUAUACUACCGGAAGGCCAAGGAGGAAGGAUGGAGAGCUCGUAGCGCCUUCAAGCUCCUCCAGAUAGACCAGGAGUUCAACAUCUUCCAUGGAGUGAAGCGUGUGGUUGAUCUCUGUGCUGCUCCUGGAAGCUGGAGUCAGGUUUUGAGCAGGAACGUCUACGUACCAGCAAAACAGUCCCCUGAUUACAAGGAAGGCGACCUUCCUCUCAUUGUUGCAAUUGACUUGCAACCGAUGGCUCCAAUAGAAGGUGUUAUACAAGUGCAGGGAGACAUCACUAAUGCUCGGACAGCCGAAGUGGUUAUUAGGCAUUUUGAUGGAUGCAAAGCAGAUUUGGUGGUUUGCGAUGGCGCUCCUGAUGUUACUGGGCUUCAUGAUAUGGACGAAUUUGUUCAGUCCCAGCUUAUACUUGCGGCACUUACGAUCGUGACUCAUGUACUCAAAGUUGGUGGAAAAUUUGUUGCGAAGAUCUUUCGGGGUAAAGAUACGAGUCUCUUGUACUGCCAGCUAAAAUUGUUCUUCUCACAAGUUACAUUUGCGAAGCCGAAAAGUAGCCGGAACUCAAGCAUUGAGGCGUUUGCAGUUUGUGAGAAUUAUUCACCUCCUGAAGGGUUCAAGGAGGAAGAUCUUUACCACCUGCUAGAGAAAGUGGGGACUCCUUCAGGAGCUGACGACUUAGAUUGCAGAAGUGGAUGGCUCGAGGGACCAAACAAGGUCUAUAUUCCAUUUCUAGCCUGUGGGGAUCUCAGUGGCUACGAUUCGGACCGUUCAUACCCGCUCCCGAGCACGGAAGGCGGCUCCUACCGUAGCUUGGAUCCAGUCCAGCCUCCCAUCGCCCCGCCUUACAAAACCGCCCUGGAGAUGAAGAAGGCUUCCAGCCACGGUGCUAGUGCAGAUACUGUCAGACCAUCUGCGGACUCUUGAAUGUAGCUUGUUUUCAUGCACCCACCGUGUUAAAUGGUGUAGGAAUUCAGAAAUCUUCUGGCUAUGAUGUUGUCCCACACUGCUAGCGUAGAAAAAGAUGAAAGUGAUACUUACGCUGUAUCCUGGAUUUGGCUCUUCAGACCCUCAUCUGAAAAAGAAAAUUUAGUCUCCAAACGCUUACAAGUAAUAUCUUGGGUUGAGAUCAUGCUCGUGUCCUUGUUUAGCACUGCUACUGCUGCUGCAGUGGUUGGAUGGAACCGUAUUCUGUUUCUGGAAAGGGUUGACAACCUGUUUUGUAGUAGUAAGUUGGAGGUGAGUCUCAAGAAAAACCUUGCAGAUGACACUCAUGGAUAAACUUUCAUAUCAA